UCUCUACCCGGUUUAUGCUGACUUCAGCCUUUGGUUUCUCCAAGCACGGUUCUUUCACAUCAGGGAGAAUAACACGAACACCAGGAUCUCUUCCAUUGAUGGUGCCAUGGGACAUGAUCGAAUUGUUGAUGCUCUGAAUGUUACUGUUGACGUAUGUCUUACCCGCUUCGUCUUUCUCCGCGGAUGUGCUCUUCUUCCCUUCGGAAUUCGGCCUAGUUGAAUGAGAACCCGCCACGUGCAUUGUCACUCCUCUGUUAUCGCCGGCCAGAGUUACCACACUCACUGUUUUGUCGUCCACGUUCAGUGUUGGGUUGAGAGCUGAAAUGUCAUCGUCGUCACCCUUAGUGGGAUUUUGCUCGUCGGAUAAUGAUAUGGUUGAAACGUUCCUGUUCGUUGGAUGUGCUGAUGUUGAAGCUGAUGGCAUGACCUUUGUGUCUUUCGCGCUAGGAGUCGAUGUGGAAAACAUCAUCUUUCUCUCUAUGGGGUUGGCGUUGGAUUUAGGCUGGUGGGGUUGAAUUGGUAUUUCCAAAGGGGCGUUGAAAUUCUGAGUAGGAGUAGUAUCCAACUCUUCCUUCGCAUUUGGCUUCGAAGGUGUUGGAGUUGAUGGUGUUGAAGAGGAUUCUGAGAUAGAAGACACUGGCGAAUCAAUGGUGACCGAAGGAGCUGGUGAGUGUGAUGAUGGAAGAGAAUCUGAGACUUGUUGAGGUUUAGUUUUUGGGGUUACCUGAGGAGGGGGAGGCUGUGAUUGGGUAGAGGCUAUUCCAGGAGGACGAAACGGUGGUCGACGAGUGGAAAGAGAUUUUGAUUUUUGUUUUGGAGGAGAAUGAGAUUCGGUGGAAGGACCUGUGAUCCAAGGGAUCCUAAAACCACACUGCUGGUUUUUGCGUGGCAUGGAUGUUGGUAUGAAGCAGAACAACAAAUGCUAGGAUUGUGCGGGAUACUACGACUUCGCCAAAACCCUCUGAGGGGCGCAAUAUUUCAACAAUUCCAAGGAAAUGCGAUAUCUAACCUCAACAAAAUAAGUUCAAAUUUUGGAUGUGUCACGUCCUCUCCACGCAAAGAGCAGAAAGGAUUGGAGAAUGUAACAGUGUCAGAGGUACUAAUGACAAAAGGUGAAGAAAACAUCGGCUCCUGGCUUUGGUGUCGAACUGAUGAUGCUGUCAUUAAUGCAAUGAAAAACAUGGCUGAUAAUAACAUUGGAUCAUUGGUGGUACUAAAGCCAGAAGGGCAGCACAUAGCAGGGAUUGUCACAGAAAGAGACUGCUUGAAAAAAAUAGUUGCACAAGGAAGAUCUCCCUUAUACACACAAGUUGGUCAAAUAAUGACUGACGAGAACAACCUGAUAACGGUGACCUCUGACACCAACAUUCUUCAAGCAAUGAAAAUUAUGACAGAGAAUCGCAUUCGGCAUGUUCCAGUUAUAGAUGGGAAAAUAGUUGGUAUGAUUUCCAUUGUAGAUGUGGUGCGAGCAGUGAUGGAGCAGCAAAGUGGAGAAUUGAAGCGACUUAAUGACUACAUCAGAGGAGAAUACUAUUAGCAGAAGAAUUCAACCAUGUAUACCGAUUUGGUGCUAGCGAAUUCGUGCAUCAAAAUAUAAUACACCUUUAUAUUUCAUAAUAAAUGGGAUUUGAUUUUUUUUA